GGAGGUUUGGGUGUGUAUGGAAAGGGGGUGGAAAUGGGAGGAGAAAUCUUGAGGAGGGCCGUGAGAAGAGUUAUAAAAGGUGAUGCUUGCUGUUAGAUGAUCGGCAAAUAAAGCUCCUGUUGCCUUCAUAAAACGAGUCAAGGUCCUGUCUGAGAAACAACCCCCUAAUUCUGGCCUGAAUCCAUGGAAACGAGAGACACAACUAAACAGAACCUGAUAAGAGAACUGGUAACUACCAACGAACUUCAGGACCGUUUCUUUGCACCUGUUCGCAAUCGCAGAAGAAGCAAGGCAACACAAGCAGCCCACCUGUUCCUGAUCUUGCAGGAUCCUUGCAUUGCAUAGGCAACCAGCCAUGUUCCGGCCUAGCUGAGCUCCAGCCCAGCACUCCAUGGGGAGGCCCACGACGAGUGCCCUGCUACUGCCCAUCGCCUUCUUCCUGAGCCUCUUGCAUGCUGCACCCCAAACUUACCUGCCUCUUGCCCGCCGACAGCUCCUCACCAACUUCGAAUGCUGGAAUGCUACUGCGUAUGGUGCCCUGCCUUGGUCCAAAUUCCGAUGCCAGCGGAAGCUGCAGGAAGCCCUAUCCCUGCGUGUGCCCAGCCUUAGCCUAAGCCCAGUUCAGCUGUUCCGCAAGCGCCAGACGUGUGUGCGUGUUCGCUUGGCUUUGAACGCUACAGGCAUUGAAGGACUGGAGCUGCAUUUCCUGGUUAUAAGUUCCAAACGCUCUGGCUGGCUUCAGAUCUUCAGAAGAGCAGGCGCUGGAACCUUGUGGCAGGUGCUAUUUGACUGUUUCCCAGCAGAGAGCGGCCGCCGGGUGCUUGUUUCGCUGGAAACCAUUCCUGGCGGGGUGCUGAGCAUCAACGAAAGCCUUUUAAUCCCUAACAACCAAUUAGAAGUUCCACAGUUCCACCACAGAUGGGUGCCAGCAGAACGGGCUAUUGAGGUGUCUGUCACCGAGGGCCCUGACAUCACAGUACGCCUCUGCCACCAGCUGGCUCUGGAGUGCGAGGAACUGGGCCAGCCUUUCCACCAGCAGGUUCUGGUCUCCAAGCAUCACCCUGCUCUGCUGUCGUAUGAGCGCCUGCUCCCAUGCUUAUGUAUUGAGGCAUCGUAUCAUGAGCACCACGACAGCUUGCGCAAAAAAGUGUGCCCUUUCUGGGAUCAGCCAGAGGCCUAUGGUCCAGAUCUGUGGUCCUCGGUGGAGUUUCGCGACUACAGCAACAGCGGCAAGGCUGAAAUGGCUAUGUCUCUGAGCGGCCGCUGCCUGCUUCAUCCCAAUGCUUCCCUGUGCUGGAAAGAAAGCGCCACUCCGGGUGCGGCCUGUCAAGACAUCCCCAACUCCACAGUCACAGGAUUACGUCAGGAGUACAUCCUUGAGGAGGUGGAUGUUCACCCUCGGCUCUGCUUCAAGUUUUCCUACAAAAACAGCAGCCACAUUGAGUGCCCACUCCGGACAGACACUGCCUGGAAUGUAUCUAUGAGUGUCAAACCGUGGCAGCUCCACUUGCAUUUUCAUUCUCGUGCACCAGCAUCCUUCAGCUCGGCCUUUUGUCAGAAGCAAUCUCCACACCAGUGUGAGCCUGAGCCGCCUGUCUAUACCAUCACCCAUCUGGAGAGAUCAAGCCUGGGAGACUUGGACCUCAUCCUUCCUUGGCGGGCAUUGACAAGCUGUGUACUGGUCUGGCGUUCUGAUGUGCGCUUCGCUGGCAAACAGCUUCUGUGCCCAGAUGUGACUCACAGGCACUGGGGGCUGCUGGCCUUUGGAGUGAGUCUAGGACUAGUGUUGCUGCUCGUCGCAGCCGUUCUGCUAAUUCGCUGUGUUCUGCGCAGGCUUCAUAGAGACGUACCGGGCAAGCGCCAUUCUCGCCCCAUCCUGCUGAUCUAUUCCCCCGACUCGGAGGAGCACAAGCAGUUGGUGUGUGCUUUUGCGGCGCUGCUGCGCUCAGCCCUGGGCUGCCCCGUGCUUUUAGACCUCUGGGAGCUGGGCCACGUGGGGCGGCUGGGCAUCUUGCCCUGGGUGUACGCCCAGCGAGAGCAAGUCAGCCGAGAGCAGGGCCAGGUCCUGCUGCUGUGGAGCGUCGGCAGCGCCCGCGCCUACGGGCUGUGGCAAGGGAAGGCCUCCCGGCGCGGCGGCAUGAAAGCACCAGAGCCCCACGACCUGUUUGGGGCGGCCAUGGCCUGCUUGAAAGGCGAACUGCAGGGGGAGCCUGGGGCCGUGCGAGGAAAGGGCGACUGGGUCAUCGCCUACUUCAGCAAACUGUGCGGCCGGCGCAACAUCCCUCGGGCCUUGCACUUCCUUCCUCGAUACCGCCUGCCUCAGGAACUGCCAGGUCUGGUCAGGGUGCUUCAGGGCCCUUCCAGCUCAACCCCAAGAUGGCUCCGCGCCAGCGCUAAGGCCCUCGUGUGCCGCUUGCUCAAGGCUGAGAGGAAGAAAGCUGUGCGGAGCCAGAGGCAUCAGCCUUGGAGGUCAGCCACGGAGAAGUUUGCGAGCUCCCUGGUCCCUUUUGCUCCUCAUCCCAAACUGCGCAGGCCGAGCUGCGCUUGAGGAGAGACGCGCAUCCCGGUGGAGAACGUGUGGGGUUGUGAAAUGGGGCUCUCCCUCCACUACAGAACCUAGGAAGCCAGACAUUUGCAGCCUUUUAGGUCUGCGGAUGGGACGCGGGUGGCGCUGUGGGUUAAACCACUGAGCCCAGGGCUUGCCAAUCAGAAGGUCGGCGGUUCGAAUCCCCGCGAUGGGGUGAGCUCCCGUUGCUCGGUCCCUGCUCCUGCCCACCUAGCAGUUCGAAAGCACAUCAAAGUGCAAGUAGAUAAAUAGGCACAGCUCCGGCAGGAAGGUAAACGGCGUUUCCGUGCGCUGCUCUGGUUCGCCAGAAGCGGCUUAGUCAUGCUGGCAAUGUGACCCGGAAGCUGUACGCCGGCUCCCUCGGCCAAUAAAGCAAGAUGAGCGCCGCAACCCCAGAGUCGGCCGCGACUGGACCUAAUGGUCAGGGCUCCCUUUACCUUUUUAGGAUGUGAAAAGGAAGGUCCAAACUCAGUGUAGUAAGCUAAAGGAGAGGCUGCUCUGCUUGCUAAGGAAGUCCGGGGCCUUUUGAGUCCCAACGCCACGAAAAAGAGCGGCCAAACUCGGCCGAGUUGGAGGCUGCUCCACCGGCUAGGCAUCGUCUUGCACAGUGGUUAUGGAAACGGUUGCCGUGGAAAUGAUAGUGCGGUGCAAGUUAACGCCAGUCACGGCACAGGAAAGGUCAGGAGGCCGCUGUGUGGCGUUGGCGCCAGAGGAGGGGCUGUGCAAUAUUGAAGCCGUGUCUUGCCAUGUGUAAUUUAUGUGACGCUGCAAUCACCCCAAAAGAGGUGCUCUGGAGGACAGUCAUAUCGGCCCUACUGCAACUGAAUUGGCUAACAGGAAACCUUAAACUGCUCACCGGCAGGUCAUUUCAGGGCUGUAUCCGCAGAACUAACCUGCCCCCCUCCACUCUUUGCAUUUUCUGCUUUCAUUUUAAAAGCAGGUUUCUCUAGCAAUUUAACUUGUGAAUAUAUGAGGGGAAAUAUGGAGGCAGCAUUUUGCCCAACGGUAAGCUAUUAAGGAAUACACAAUUAAAUAACUACAAAUCUAUCAAACUACCUGUUCUGGUCACCAGCCUGCUUCUUGUUCAAUUAAGUACAAAGCAAGCAUAUCACUUAAGAAUUACAUUGAGGGAACGCUUUUUUGUUUUGUCGUGUGUUUGUCGAAUGCGUUGGGGGGUGUCUUUUAUAUGAGUCCUUAUGUUUUUAUUUUUUCUGUUUGGAAUACGAUAAUAAAAAUUACUUUAAAAA